AUGGGCACAUUUCAGAGUCGCGUCACCGACAGAUUUGACGAAGUUGAACUCUCGCCGGCACGACCGCCAUCGGCAGCCGAGUAUGUUGACCGACGAUUCGAGGAAGUUCGGAAUGCAAUUGGCAGUGUUCGAGGGGAAAUUGAGAAAUUGAGAAGAGACCAACAACAUAUAUUGUCACUUACCAUUGCAGAUCCAAGGGAUAAGAACAUUCUGGAAAACCAAAUUGGAACUAUCCGACGUCGUACCGGAGAUCUGCGAAAACUGGUCCGACAAGCCGAAGAUGAUUUCUUGGAGUUUACUAAACAAACCCAAUCAAUAACUGAGAAAAGAAUCCGUCAGAAUCAAUUGGAACUUUUGAAAGAUAAUCUCAAUAAACUGAUUAACUUGUUCAACGACACCCAUCAAGAUUACAAGUCUCGAGUAUCUCUACGUGUCCGGCGACAACUUCAAACCGUUGGACAAGAUCUGACAGACGAAGACAUCAAUCGCAUCAUUGAGAACAGUGGAUCCGAGCAGCUAUUCUUCCGAGAAGUGAAUCCACUGUCAGUAUCCGGUCAAGCGGCAUAUGAAGAUGUGAAAAAACGACACGGAGAAAUAAAAGACUUGGAGAACAAUAUUGCAAUGUUAGAGGAGAUCUUUUUGGAUUUGCAACACUUGACAGAAGCGCAGGACGAAAUGGUAACCAACAUUGACAAUAACGUGGAGAGUGGUCUGGAACAAGUCAAACAAGGAUCUGCCAAUGUAAAAACUGCAGUGGAGUACAAAAAAAGUGCGAUGAGAAAGAAGAUCUGUGUCGCCGCUAUCUUGAUCACAAUUGUCCUAAUCCUCAUCAUCGUUGCUAUUAUCCUGGCCGUCGUUCUAUCCAGAGGCAAUAAUAACAACAAGUAA